AUGACUUCCAAAGAAGAACCCAAGCCCUCCUCGGGGGAAGAACGGCGGCGGAGCCCCUUGGAUCACCUCCCACCGCCGGCCAACUCCAACAAGCCCCUCACCCCCUUCAGCAUCGAGGACAUCCUCAACAAGCCCUCGGUGCGGAGGAGUUACACCCUCUGCGGAACGGCACACCUCCUGUCCGCUGCCGAGAAGCACCCCCCGGCCGGGCUGCCCCUCUCCGGCCGGGCGCUGCUUUCCCAGACCUCGCCCCUCUGCGCCCUGGAAGAGCUGGCCAGCAAGACCUUCAAAGGGCUGGAAGUCAGCGUGCUGCAGGCGGCCGAAGGCCGGGACGGGAUGACGAUCUUCGGGCAGCGGCAAACGCCGAAGAAGCGUCGGAAGUCGCGGACGGCCUUCACCAACCAUCAGAUCUACGAGCUGGAGAAGCGGUUCCUCUACCAAAAAUACCUGUCGCCGGCGGACCGGGACCAGAUCGCCCAGCAGCUGGGGCUCACCAACGCCCAGGUCAUCACCUGGUUCCAGAACCGCCGCGCCAAGCUCAAGAGAGACCUGGAGGAGAUGAAGGCCGACGUGGAAUCGGCCAAAAAGCUGGGCCCUAACCCCGCCGUGGACAUCGUGGCCUUGGCUGAGCUGGAGCCCAGCGCCGAGGGAAGGGGCAAGGCGCGGCCCGGGUCCCCGCCGCCGCCCCCCGCCGCCGCCCGGGAGCCCGGUGCCCCGCCACCGCCCCGCCCCGCCUCGCCCCCCACGGAGCGGCCCCGCAGCCGCCGGGACAGCGAGGAGGAGGAGGAGGAGGAGGAGGAGGACGUGGAGAUCGACGUGGAUGACUGA